AUGUCGACCAAGAGUACCACUGUCCAUGGCAAGGCACACGAUUACAAGGCGCAUUUCACCAAGGCACGGACCAAGUACGACAAAGUCAUGGAGCAACAAUCGGAGCUGAAGAACACCGUCUCCAAAAUGAUCGCGAAGCAGCAAGCACUGCAGGAAGAAGUCGACUAUCUUCUCGAUGCUAUUUCGGAAUGGCAGGACAAGGCUCAGCUGGGCGAGCUGCGGUUUGGCCCGUCGCAUGCGCGUGCUUCCUGCUCGACACCUGUACGCAAAGCCAAGUCGACGUCACACCGUAGCCGGCUGCCUACGUCCAUGACAGAGUACUCGGACGACGACGACGACGACGACGAUCAGUCGGCGGUGUCUGAAUCCAUGCCGUUGGCUGCCUCCGAUACGUUGCCGGCGCCUGCUUCUGCUCCCAAACGGCCUCGCGCUGAUGCUACGCCCGCUGAAGCCGACGAGGAUGCUUCGUUGCCUGAACAAACCCCUACAUCCCCUAAACGCCCCCGCCUUUCAUAG